AGGUUGAUUUCUGAACGUACCUUUCAUCGAAAAAUUGCUGCUACUUCUAAUUGUUAAUUUCCAGAAAAGACAGGACAUAUCUGUUAAACAUCAAUCGUGCAACCACAUUACAAAAACAUUUAUAACUAAAACGAUAAAAAUUAAAUGUAGUUACUGACGACAAUAUAAAUAACAAGCUAGAACGAGAAAGAGGAAUUAAAAAGAUCGUUCAUUGCUAAUUGAAUCAAUUAUAGUUUUAAUCUAAAUAAAAUCAAUAUCAAUUGUGGCUAAAAAAUUGAUUUCUAGUGACACAAAACCAUUCAUAUUUAUACAUUUUUUAAUAUAAACAUCGUUUCAUUAAAUCGUUUGCUCUAUUUCAAGCACUCCAGCUACGUCCGAUUUCAAAUUGAAGAUGUCAGCACUUAUGAAUUUUAGUUGGGAUACAUAUAUGCGCAUGCGUUGAGAGAUUUUCGAUGGUAUAAGGAGUCGUUGGGAUUUUUUUGAUAAUGGAAACAACUGAGUAAGGAGCUGUGAUUGAAUAUUUGUUUCUGACACUGACAAUACGUCUACGCAAUUGAAAGGGGAGUUAGAAAUUGUGUACGGAGACUCUACACCAUCAUUUACGAUCGUAACAUUUUGGAACUCUUAAUUAAAACACAAAACUACGACAACCAUCGAAAAAUUAUAGAGAUAGAGAAACUAAUAACAUAUUAGAAGAGGGUAUUUGCCACAUAUUGAUUGAAGAAUUAUUCAUAACAUUUCCUAGGCCUUAUUAAUGCGUUUUACACAGAUUUCUUUCAUGGAUUCAUAACCUAUCUUGUUUCUUUGUUAAAUUGAAAACCAAAUCCUCGUAUAUGAGCUCGUACCAAAUCAAUUUGAAAAGCAUAAAAGACAAUUGUCAUUUCGAUGUUAAUUCCAUUCGACCAUGUAUGGCAACUAAAAUUCAAGGCUCUCUACAUGAUAUUUUGACAGAAAUAUUUUUGACAAAAUGUCAUAUGUGUUUAUCGGCGUAUUUAUUUGGUAGUGCCUGUUAAAUAUUUUUUUCAAUAUUCAAAAUAAAAUUGAAAAUGUGUGUAGACGAUAAAAACGAAUUCCCAUCUCCGCUAAUAAUCGGACUAUUCACAGAAACAAUCGGAACUUUCAUCAUGAUGUUCAUAGGAUGUAUGGGAUGUUUAUUUCAAUAUGGUAUCGGACCAGUUAUCCCAUCAUUUGCAUUCGCUUUCGCUAUAUUGGCCGCUUUGCAGAUGCUCCACGCCGAUGGACCCGUCCAUUUGAAUCCUGGCGUAUCCAUAGCGUUUCUAAUAGUUCAGAAAAUGUCCUGGAAGAGAUUUUUGGUCUAUGUAGUAGCACAAUACAUUGGGUGUUUUCUAGGAUGGAUCACACUAUAUGUAGUUGCACCCGACGAAAGUCAAAAUAUUUGUUUGUUACGUCUCAAAUGGGAACUUUCACCUAUACAAGGAUUUGUCAUCGAAAUGCUAGGUGCAACCGUUUUGAUCUGGAUAGUACUCGGAGCUAUAGAUGCUAAAAAUUCUGCUUUGAAAGAUUCUCUACCAGUCAGAAUUGCGUUGGGCGUUUGUGGUAUAAUUUUUGCUUUAGAACCAUUGACAGGAGCAGGUCUCAAUUCAGCCAGAUCGUUCCCGCCUGCGGCAUACUAUAAUAAUUGGAAAGAUCAUUGGCUGUAUGAAUUAGCUCCGAUAUGCGGAACAUCGAUCGGUGCCGUUAUUUACAGAUUUAUACUUGAUGAUGAAGAUAAAUAUUCUUUACAUAGUUACCUCAAGAAAGCUGAAGAAGGUGGUGAAGCUUGAUGUGUCCUAACAUAUGCGAGAUUUUCCAAAUUUGACCAGUUUUUUUUUCUAUUUAUCAUCAGAAUUAUUCAAAGGUAACAACCGUUAUUAUAUGUUUUCAUCUUUAUAUAAAAAGAAUAAA